AUGUUUUGUUAUCACAUCUGUGGAGCUGUUUGCAUUGUUAUUGGCAUAUUUAUUGUGUCGCGUCAAUUUAUGUGGACCGAAGUAAGAAAAAAUAUAUUAACGAAAUUACCACUUAUCGAAGGCACAGAAACGUACAAAGUUUGGUUAUCACCUACACUUUUAACAUUUGGGUGUUAUCUAUUUAACGUUACGAAUCCAGAUGGUGUUAUGAGAGGAGAGAAACCACAUUUGGCCGAAUGUGGCCCUUUCAUGUACGACGAAAUAUAUGGAAGAUACGUAUUAGAUGUCGACAAAGAAACGGACGAAAUUAAGUAUGUGACAAAGUCAUUAUACAGUUUUAACAAGGAAUCGAGUAUGACUGUAUCUAGGCAGGAUAAAGUCACUAUAUUAAAUCCAGCAUACGUUGGUACCAUAGCGUUGCUAGCUACCUUACCUCCUGACAUUCUGGCAAAGUAUGGUAACCACAUACCAAAACUGUUUCCAAAUCGUAGUAGUAUUUUUCUAACAGCACGUCCUACCGACAUACUUUUCGACGGACUAAAAGUAACGUGUAACUUAAAGAAAUAUCCUGAAUUGGACAAAGUAUGCAAGACUCUGAAAAUUAAUGUACCCCCAGUCCUGAGAACGACCGACAGAGAGGACGUUUAUCUUCUCAGUUUGUUCCAGAGAAUGAAUGAUACUUACCGCGGACCAUUUUCGAUGAACAGAGGUCUCAAAAAUAUAACCAGAUUAGGUGAUACAACAUCUUACAAAGGAAAAAGAGUACAAACAGUAUGGAAUUCUGACAAAUGCAAUACAGUAAGAGGAAGUGAUACCAUCACUUGGCCGCCAUUAAUUGAACCAUUGCCAUUCGUUUCAACAUUUAUACCUGAUUUAUGCAGAAGUAUAGAAGCAGAUUACGAAGGUGACGCUUGGGUGCACGGAUUGUUGGGAUCACGAUUCGUCAUGAAGGAAAGGAUGUGGGAUCUAAAUGAAACGGAAUGUUAUUGUCUGCCACUAAAUCAUGUUCCACAAUGUCUGCCGCAAGGUCUACUGGAUGUCUCAGAAUGCCAGAAAGUGCCUAUAAUUUUUUCGGAACCGCACUUUUUACACGCCGAUCCAGAACUUUUAACGUAUGCACGAGGUUUGAGGCCCAAUAAACGUAUUCACGAAACUUAUAUUAUUAUCGAGCCAAAUACUGGAACACCUCUUUCUGGAUCGAAGAAGAUGCAACUAAAUCUAAAAUUGACGAAACAACGAGUAGAUCUACUUUCCAAUGUCAGCGAGGGAUACUUUCCUAUGUUAUGGUGUGAAAAUGGAAACACUCCUACGUUAGCCGUCAUAUCGUUCACGUAUCAAAUACUUCGUAUGGCGAAUAUAAUAUGGUUUAUGGAGAAAGUUCCUUUGAUCGUUGGGAUUUACAUUCUUCUCAUGAGCACGCUUUUCUGCGAUUGUACGAAACGCAAAGUAAAACCGACGAUUUCACCCGCAGAGUCAAUACUGAUAUCGUCGUACUCGCGAUCGGACAGCGACGCGCACAUAGCUCCACGACGGCACGCGCACGCCUUCCAGUGAUUUCAACGCCUUUGCGCUAUUUCAGCGGUAACAAAAUGGCGGUAACGAAAACAAGCUCCUCAGUCGGUAUAAAAAUUAAGGAAAAAUGUGUCUAAAUAAGAAAAAGACAGUGACCAAUUGUUGAAUUGUUUGAAAAGUUAGAUUAAAAAGUAGUAUUACGUUAAUUGCACAGUUGGC